UGAUAUUAGUUUGCUUUUCGUGUUCUGAAAUCUGAUGCGCCGUAAUAAAAAUAUGAACCAUGUCAUAGUGCUUCUUGUUAUUUGGAAUGCCAUUCGUAUAUGUUAAUAAAAUAUAUUGUUGGAUUAGUUACGUUAAACUGCCUUCAUAAUUUUUCGACAAUAUGAUGUAAAAUUAUGUUUUGUUUGUCAAUGUAAAUAUUAUUUGAAAUGCCGUAUUAUUUUCAGUUUAUGAACUUUGCGUUAAAACUUAAAGCUGGGAGUUUUUCUAAAUAACAUAAUGUGCCUACUUAUUUCAAUAAGAAAUACUUUUUGAGUUUACAAAGUAUAGAAAGAAGUGUCGUAAAGCUGUUACCUUAUUCUUGACAAUGGAAGAAAGAAGAGGAAGUAGAGUAGAAGCUGUUGAUGGGGGUCCUGGGGCUGCAUAUAUGAUGUUUGUAUUUAUGGAGAGUUUGUUGGAUAAACUGAAAUUGCUGAAUUAUGACAAAGAAUUUACUCAAGAGUUUAAACUGAAAAAUCUUAGCAAGCAUUAUUUUGCUCUACAAACCAAUCCUGGAGAGCAGUUUUUCAUAUUUUCUUCCUUGGCUGCCUGGCUGAUAAGAAAGUGUGGACUGAAAUUUGACACACCUCAAGAAUUUGACGAUCCUAAUGGAACUAUUGCCAGUAUUUUAGAACAAGUUAGACAGAUGGAUGUAAGUGUGGAUUUUCCUCCAAAUAAACUGAAACAGGGUUGGGGUGAGCAAGUGAUUUUUGUGUUGUCUCGUUUAGCAGAUCAGGCUCUUAAGAAAAAUGGCUUUGCUUGGAAACGGCCUAUACUUUUACCUGAAAAUGAUGAAGAACAUGAUGCAGUAAUGGAUACUGAUGAUUCCGAAGUAACUUUGGAAAAAAUUGAAGAAGAAAUGAUUGCGGAAGCGUAUGGAGAAGAGGAUUCUGAUGAAGAAGGGGAAAUAUUAGAUUUAGAAGCACUUCGAAACUUAUCCAUUGCUAAACAGGAUAAAGGAGAAAAAAAUAAACCAGAUGAAGUUAUGGAAUCUAAUAUGGACUGUAUGGAGUGGAAAUUGGAAGUUGAACGAGUUAUGCCUCUUUUGAAAAUUACUGUUAGAAAUGACUCUCGAGACUGGAGAAGCCAUUUAGAUCAGAUUCAUCAACAUAGAAAAAAUAUUGAAGAGACGUUGACCACAACAAGGCAACAACUAGAUAAGCUUCACUUGGAAAUCAGCCGUUCGUUGGAAAAAAUCGGCAGCAGAGAAAAGUACUUGAACAGUCAAUUAGAACAACUUAUUUUGGAAUACCGUACUGCCCAGGAUCAGCUUGCUCAAGUCAGAGAACAAUAUAAAUCCGUCAGCGGUGGGGUGACUGAAAGAUCGCGGGCAUUGUCCCAGAUUACAGAAGAAUUAGAUCAAGUUAAACAAGAAAUGGAAGAAAGAGGCUCCAAUAUGACUGAUGGAAAACCUCUUGUUAACAUCAGGAAAGCUUUAUCAAAACUCAAGGUUGAAUUGAGCCAAAUGGAUGUCAGAAUUGGUGUUGCUUCACACACUCUUUUGCAAGCAAAACUGAAAGAAAAAGGGAAUUUGCAGAGAGCUAUCAACAACCAACCAACUUUGAAUAGUUUUGCAACUAUCUUUUAAGCCUCUUUUUUUUUUUUUUUUUUUUUUUUUUUUUUUACUGUUAUUUAUAAUUACGUUCUUCUAUCAUGUUCAUCCAACAUUUUUAGAAGGAUAUACCUCUUCUAAAAUCAUCUUAUAUUGCGGUUAAUAUGCCAAAAAUUUUCUUUUCUUUUAUAUUAGUAUGUAAUAUAAUUUUUUUAAUAACGUAUUUUAAUUAUUUUUCAGAAAUUUCUUACAUGAAAAUUUCGUGAGAAAUUUCUGUUGUUUUUAUGUUACGUGUGUAUAAUGAGGAAUCCAAAGCAUUGGGUAACGUCUUUACUUAGUGACUAGUCAGUAAUCAGUAUAAACCAAUUGCAUUUUUUGUAUCUGUAGGAGCUACACAUGCUAUAUUUAUAUUAUGAAUGUAAAUAUUUAAAUCAUCCUAUUAAUAAAUCUUUGAAGAAUAUUUCUUUUAAAUUAAA